GACAGAGCGUCCUAGAGAAAAGCCACCUAACCUAUUUUUUGGGCUGCAUGGGGAGAGUGGGCUGCUAGGGAUCCUGGCAGCCAGGGCCCCUCCCACCUGAAUCCAACCAUCUUCAGUCCUACUAGGGAUAGAAAAGUAUGGAUAAAGAAGAAUGAAGCCUUUUUGUAACAACCCGGGAGACCACUUUGGUCAGCAUCAUGCUUGUCCGUGACAAGGUGAUCUGAAAAACACGGCUUUGAACAACUCAAAUGAUACUGCUUUCCUAGUAGUAGAAGUAAACUACAUGUACAAAGCCAGUUAUAAACUAGCUCAAACUCUCAAAGGAGAGAAGCGGAAGAGAGAAAUUCUCCAUCUUAUCCAGGAAAGGUUUUGACAAGGAAAGAUGUGAAGAAAAGACAUUCUGUGUGUUGAGCACAGCACGAGCAAAAAGUGUGAAGGCUGGAAAAUACACAGCAUUUUUGGGGGAAUGACUAGACUGAGUAAAGAGUGUGAACAAUAAGACUGGAAAAGUAGAUUUGAGCUAUAAUAGAAGACUUUAGUGCUAUACAUUUAGUUGGUAGGCGAUGAAGAGUAAUAGAAAACUUUUUAUUUGAGGUAAAAAGAUGAGAAGAUAAUCAACAGCAGGUCUAUUGUGUGUGAAACAUUGUGCUAAACACUGGGAGAAGAUGGAAAUUAUUAUCCUGGUAUCAUCCUAGAGAGAGACACCUGAGGUUACAGAUGGUAUGUUUCUAAACUUGAAUGUAGAUUAUCAUUUAAGACUCUCUUCCAGCCACAGAACUUUGAGCUUCCUAAAUGAGUUCCUUGACAAGAUGAGAAAAGUGGGGAGAAUAUAUGGACAGCACCCAUCUUGCACGGUGCAGUAUAAAGUUGAAGAAACAUGGAUACCAACGAGAACCUGGUCAUCGGCACUGUUUGCACCAGCUUUGUCACCUUUCAGUUUCUGUUCCACUAUGGUAGUAUCUACAUGCCAUUCUUUGGUGGUUGGGAUUUUUGGCUUGUACAUUUUCUUAUUUGAUGAGGCUACUAUAGAUGAUCCACUUUGGGGUGAUCCGUCAGUUGUGAACGUGAAUAUUGCUAUUGCUUCAGGCUACCUCAUUUCUGAUUUGGUGAUUCUCAUUUGGUAUUGGAAAGUGAUUGGUGACAAGUUUUUUAUCAUUCACCAUUGUGCAGCGCUGUACGCAUACUUCUUUGUACUGAGAGAUGGAGUGCUGGCAUUCGUUGCGAAUUUUCGCCUGCUUGCAGAGCUUUCCAGCCCUUGUGUGAAUCAGCGAUGGUUCUUUGAAGCCCUGAAAUAUCCUAAGUUUUCCAAAGCCAAUGUCAUCAAUGGAAUACUCAUGACGGUGGUGUUCUUCAUCGUGCGGAUUGUCUCAAUACCUCCUUUGUAUAUCUUCAUGUAUUCCGUGUAUGGAACCGAACCCUACAGAAGGCUUGGGUUGUUAAUCCAAUGUUCCUGGAUCUCUUCCUGUGUUGUUUUGGAUGUGAUGAAUGUCAUGUGGAUGAUCAAAAUUUCAAAAGGGUGCAUCAAAGUCAUCUCUCUCAUCAGACAAGAGAAAGCCAGAAAUAAUCUUCAGAAUGGAAAACUUGACUAGCGGUGUGCUAUCGAUAAGCAAAACUUCAUUACUACCCAUCAUUUUAUCUACUGAUAGGAUGAAUUCUUGGCAUGUUUUUGUGCUUCUUUAUUAAUUAUAACUGUUAUUCAGGGUUUCGGUGUCUUGUUUUGUUUUUUUUUUUUUUUACCUUUAGUAAAGAGAAACUAAAAUUUAGUUUUCAUUCUAAGAUUUCUGCUUUUCUGCAUUAUUUAUAAGCAUGGAUAAAAUCUUAAAGGUUUGAAUAAAAAUUAUACAUAUAGUAGUGAAUCUUUCCAGAAAUCUCUUAACUUGCAUUGGUAUUUUUCUCUGUAGAAAGAGGACUAUGAUAAUUUGGUACACUUGGUUUUAUGUCACCAAUUUUGCUGGAAGAACGGGAACUGCUUUUAAAUCUGUAAAUAGCUCCUAACAUUUGUUGUCAAGCACUCUUUUCUUACUUUGGCUGCCAACACCUGUGUAGGGUUUAAUUCCUAAAUUGUUGACAUGUUCUUUUUCUUAGACUAUUUAAGAGUGAUAUAUUUUUCAUUUCUGAUAUGCAACCGUCAUUUACUAACGAUGAAAUAUUUUACCACUUGGGGAGUAUUUCAUUAGUUAGGCAUGGAAAAUACUUAAUAUUUUUCAGAUUUCACUUUCUUAUUUCUAUUUUUAGCAUCUUAUCAAAUUACUUCAUUUUUAUGUUAUAGUAAGGCUUCAGACAGAUCUUAUAGACUUCCCUAAGAGAUGAAUUUCUUCUAAAAAUGCAUAUUGAUAGAUCUGACUAUUUAGGGCCUAUGGCUAAUGGGAAGAAUCUUUAAGAAAAAAGCUUUAACACUAUUGUCCCUAUCUGCUUCCCUGGCAUUUUUCUGUGAAAAAUUUAUUAUUUCUAUUUGCAAAAUCUAUGAGUUCAGAACCCAACAUCAUCAGUACCAAAGUCUUAUGCAAUAUAUGUAUUUGUGCUCCUAAAAUAGGCCUCUUCUUGAUGAGAUCGAAACUACUACCAAAAAAAUCAGUAUUCAUAUUUUACUCACAAUUUACACCCAUGCUUGCUUAGUCAGCAUUUUGACUGCUUUGCAUUUCUAUCUUUCUUAAAUGACAGGAAGAAAAUAAGAGAAUUUAAUUCCAAGUAUUCUGAUUAUCAAAAUUAUUGAUUGUCUGGUUAUAUGAAGAUAUAUGACUGAUUUUGUGUGUGUGUGUGUGUUUGCUUUUACUUUGGUUCUUGCAAUCCAAAUAUAAACUUAUAUAUAAACAAAUUAUAUUUAUCUAUUUUUGCUUUUAUUUAUUUUUUCAAGUACUUGACUUUAAUGAUUGUUCUUACCGAAGGAAAAAAGAAGUUUAAUUCAACUGGUGGUGAAUACUUGAACUUAAUUGAACCCAAGUCAAAAGAUCUAACCUAUUCAGUUUCUCAGUUUGAAGGAGAAUGUUUGACUCACUUUCAGUGUUCAUGCUAUGUUGAUGAAGGAAGGCUAGCUAAAUAUAAUCAAGACCUUUUAUUUGAUUUGGUUUGAUUUGGUUUUCCGGUGCAGAUAGAACCCUGAUGAGUUUUAAAACAUUUAAAGAAGGGAAUUGAAAUUUCAAUAACUAAAUGAUGAGAUUUAUUGGCUUACACUAGGCACAUUUAUUUUUGAAAGAAUUAAAGUAAUGUAAAGUAGUUAUGUGCUUUUAAAAGUUAAUAUUACAUGGAUAAUUUGUUACUAAAUUUAUGCUGUCCACAUCAUAGGCACUUAAAUGUAUAUUGGUUGUCUAGAGGGGAUAGGAAAGCAAGUGAUUUUAUCUUGCUCUUUUGCAAGAAAAGUAGCUUUUUUAAAAAGGAAAACAUUUAUAUUAUAAAACUAUUUUGGAAAUUCAUUUGUUUGAAAGAAUAAAAACCUUGAAAAGAAAUAAACCUUGAAGUAAUAUUUUUGACUCUGGAUAUUUCUAUAGUUCUGAACACAGAUUUUAAACCCACCAUCAAAAUGAAGAUGAUAUAGAGCUAUGAUAUCAGUAAGUCUCGAUGUAGCAGUUUCAGUUUUUAUAGUUACUGUUUCAUGCUUAAAACUUCAUUUUUACUUUCAUUAGCAUUACCUUUCAUUGGUAUAGCUGCUACUAAAUUAGUAUACUUAAAAUAUUAAAGUUCUGAAGUGAGAUUUUUUUAUUCCCUUAGCAAUGUGAACUUUAUGCUAGCUGCAUGACAGUUAAUUCAACAUCAAGAUUCAAUAUCCAAAAGUGGGUUCUAUAUAUUUCCUUAUACAACAGACAUAAAAUGGAAAUGCUACUACAAACUGCCAUGCUACUUUAAGUCUGACCUUUACAGGAGAUAUACUUUGCUGUUCUGUGAUUGUAUCCACCUACCUAAAAUACAUAUAAGGACAGAACAUAUCAUUUAUUAAACGAUGAAUUUUUCAUUUAUUAAAUGACAAACUUUUGCUAGACAUUUUAGAUAUUAAGUAUUUUGACUACAUGGAUUAAUGUAAAUGAUUCUAUUAGGCAUUCUGGUAUUUAACAACUCUAUUAAAAUAUUUAUAGAAAAUAAAAGCAAAUUGGUAUAAAUUUUUAAGCAAUUCUAUUUUUGUAGAAAAGAUUAGUGACAACCUGUAAUUAUAAAGAUGUUCUUCGAAUGUGUAGUAUUCUAGAAAAUAAAAGUUCUCGUGAAACUUAAAAAGGAAUGAAAAUCAGCUUAUAGCAUGCAAGAUCAUAGAUCCUGCAUUGAAUUUUUAUUUGUAAGACUGUAAAAAUUAAGAGUUUUAGUUUAUAGAAUUUGCAUUCUUAUGUCUAAAAUCUUUUAAAGGAUUAGUAGCAUUUAUUUAAAACUCAAAAUGGCGUUAUCCCUAUAGUAAGUUGAAAUUAAAUUUUCUGUUUGAUUUCGUUAUUCCAUGGACUAACAAUACGUUAAGAAAAAUAAUAAGUUAUGUUGUUAUCAUCCCUAUCAGUGACUCUGAUAUAUUAUGGAUGACCUAGGACUGCCUUAAAGGUCUAAUUUAAAAAACUGUCUAGUUUAUAGAUAUUUGAAUCAGAUACUUUUCUAAAUUUUAAUAAUUUGACUCAAAUCAAAUUUUUACUAAGUGUUAGUAUUUAAAUUGUAUACUUUCCUUGAGGCACAUUGGGCAUUUGGAGAACAGUCCUUUACUGGUGUGAAGAGUAAGCUUUGCUGUGGGUUGCACCAUGAGUGUCAUCUAUCAUGCAUUCAGAAACAUUGUUAAUGGAGAUAUGGAGGGGAAAGUAUUGUAAUGUGCAUGUUUCUGUGUCAUUUUUAAGUGAAAUAAACAUUCAAAAAUUCAA